AUGACGGGCUCGGCGCGCACGCUGUUGCUCGUGGCCGUUCUGGUCGCCGUGCUGUGCUUCGUCCCCGCGGCGAGGGCGAGCCUGCAGGCGAGGGAGACGCUGGCGUCGCAGUUCGCGGCGUUCAAGCAGCGUCACGGCAAGGUGUACGGGAGCGCCGCUGAGGAGGCGUUCCGCCUGGGCGUGUUCAAGGAGAACCUGUUCCUUGCAAGGCUGCACGCCGCGGCAAACCCACACGCGACCUUCGGCGUCACGCCCUUCUCGGACCUCACGCGCGAGGAGUUCCGGUCACGCUACCACAACGCCGCGGCGCACUUCGCUGCGGCGCGGGGGCGCGCGAGGGGUGCCGGUGGAGGUGGCGGUUGGCGGCGC